AUGGCCGGUAUCGAGCAGCUGGAGAUUCACUCCAAGGUGGGUUAUGCGUCUCAGGAAACGCGGGCUAUCCAGUCGUACAUUGUCCGCUGGGUCAAAGUAGACGAGGGCCACACAAUCUCAUGGAGUCUCCAACCGCACAAGAAGUCCAUUAAUUUUGGAAUCGUCAAGCACCCUGGAAGCGGCAGCACAAACCUCACCGUCAACCAAUCCGAAGAAGCGACCGACGCCCUCGAUGGGACCUCCGAGAGCGGCAAGAAAGGCGUCUUCGCCAAGAAGGAUUCGAGCAACGCUCAGGAACAACUGACCAAGAAGGGUUUCAAGGUCGUCCACUGGCACGGGAAGUGUGAGGCCGACAAGGUUUCCAUGGGGACCUGGGACGUGGAACAUGAUCACGGCGGCAUGUACGGCCUCAUAUUUGACAACACCUUCUCUAAGCAGACUUCCAAGACCGCCACUUUCGUGCUCUUGACGUACCCUACCGGCGCCCCUCCGCAGACUGCGCGUAACUUGCCCAACCUGCAGGCCGGUAACAGUGCGAGCGCCAGCAGGACGAGCUUGGGGAACAAGGGCGGCCCAAGUCCGAGCUUAAGGCCUAGUGCGUCCGAGUCGGUAGACAGUCUUCAUAGCCAGAAGACGAGAGGCAGAGCUACCUCCAACGCGCGGAGUGAGGCCGGCCUGUCUGUGACCUCGGGCAAUUACCACACAGGUCUUUUGCUGAAGAGGAGGCGCAAGAAGGGCCAAGGCUAUGCAAGAAGGUUCUUUUCGCUCGAUUUUGCGACUUGUACCCUCUCCUAUUACCACACACGGAACUCGUCUGCGCUCAGAGGAGCCAUCCCAUUGAGCCUGGCAGCCAUUGCCGCGGACGAAACGAGGCGGGAAAUCAGUAUUGACUCUGGCGCAGAAAUUUGGCAUCUCCGGGCUUCCAAUGAUCGAGACUUCACGGACUGGGCGCGAGCAUUGGAGAAGUCGAGCCGAAUCGCCCGGGGCUUGGAUCCGGCGUUCCUGGAGCCUGAGCCUGUCAAGAGACAGGUCACACGGCGCUCCCUACUGGCCGCGCCGAACAACCAGGAGGAGGAGGACCGCGAAUGGCAGCAGGUAGAGGCCUUGGUUAGUCGCGUUGUCGGGUCACGCGAUGCGCUUCGACGGCUGGUUAAGGAUAUGGCUGCGCAGAAGCAAACGCAUGGUCCCCGGCCACCUUCAUCCCACCUGUCUCCCGGGACUCCUACCGUAGCAGAGGAAGGUGAUUACUUCACGCCUGCGCCAGAGAGAAAACCAUUCUGGAAGAGGAAAUCCAGCGCCUCGAUAACACCGGGGAUGCAGCCCUCCGUGUCUUCCGCUUUAGCGGUCCCGAGCCCGAACAGUGCUGUAACGGCUCUCGCCAACACCGGGACAAGCAAGGAGGAGAAGAGGAGAUCAAAACCAUACAUCCAGGAUGAGAGCACCACGGCCGACCACUGCAACGCGUUGCUUGUUGAUCUCGACGCGGUCGUUGUAGAGUUCUCUAAUCUGCUGUCCAAUAGCAAACGACGCCGAUUGCCGGCAGCGCCGUCCGCCGUUUCUCGAGUCAGCAUGGAGUCUACCACUUCAGACGAGUUCUUCGACGCUGAAGAGGCCGGUGGAGAUCGGUCGCAGCUCCUAGUUAUUGACCACCAGAGCGAAGAGGAGACGCCCGCUUCGGAGGUUGAUGAAGCAGAGGUACAUGAUGCGUCAUCUGUUUCUAGCGUUGAUGGUGACGAGGAGGUCGUCGCCGGUCGGUCGGAAAAUCAAGACGACUGCUUCCCUAGCAAGCCAAAGUCGCUUAUACCGCUUCCUAUAACGGAGCAGGUCACCCGGCGCAAGACCAUCCCUCCAACCAAGGUCAUGCCGCCGAGUCUUAUAGCUUUUGUGCGCAAGAAUGUCGGUAAAGACCUGUCAACUAUCAGCAUGCCAGUCUCCGCCAACGAGCCCACAUCACUACUCCAACGUGUUGCCGAGCAAUUAGAAUAUGCCAACCUCCUCGACCAGGCAACAAAACAGGCCCAGCCUAACGAACGUCUUCUUUACGUUGCUGCCUUUGCCGUCUCCCAGUUCAGCGGGAGUCGUGGCAAGGAACGUGCCAUCCGCAAGCCUUUCAACCCAUUGCUGGGCGAAACGUACGAGCUCAUCCGGAGCGAGAACGAAGUGCCCGGCGGGUUGAGGUUGAUUGUCGAGAAGGUAACGCACAGGCCCGUCCGCCUGGCGAUGCAGGCCGACUCGGCGCUCUGGUCCUUCGCACAGAGCCCUGCCCCUACCCAGAAGUUCUGGGGCAAGUCUGCUGAACUCACCACCGACGGCCGCGUGCGUGUCGUGCUGAGGUUGCCGGACGGCACCGAGGAGCGGUAUAGCUGGAACAUCGCGACGGUGUUCCUGAGGAACGUCGUCAUGGGCGAGAAGUACGUGGAGCCUGUUGGCAACGACAUGCACAUCGUCAAUGAGGGCACCGGCUCCAAGGCCGUUGUCGAGUUUCGCUCGAAGGGCAUGUUCGGCGGGCGAGGCGAGGAUGUGCAGGUCGAGACAUACGACGCUUCCGGGACACAUACCGGCCUGUCGCUGGCGGGUACGUGGACAACUGCCCUCAGGAGGGUGGAGGCGGGCAAGGCCGCUGGUGGUGAGAUCUGGCGAGCCGGGAGCCUGGUGGACAACUCGGCAAACACGUACGGCAUGACGACCUUCGCGGCGAGCCUCAACGAAAUCACGCCGCUCGAGAAGGGCAAGCUGCCGCCGACGGACACCAGACUCAGGCCGGACCAGAGGCUUGCCGAGGAGGGCAAGCUGGACGAUGCGGAGACGUGGAAGGUCAAGCUCGAGGAGGGGCAGAGAUCCCGCAGGAAGGUGUUGGAGGACAAGGGCGUGGAGCACAAGCCCAAGUGGUUCACCAAGGUCGCGACGGACGGGGAUGGCGAGGAAGUGUGGAGGUUGAAGACUGGCAAGGACAGCUACUGGGAGGAGAGGGCCAAGGGGCAGUGGGCUGGCGUGGAGAACAUUUUUGACGUGUGA